AUGAUGCGAUCGAUAGCAACGAGGUGCCGGUUUUUACCACUGGCUGUGGCUCUGUUUGGCUACGCCUUGACAGUAGUUAGCGCCGAGCGAGGAUCGUGUACGGCGGAGAAUUGUACACGCGCAAUUUACACCUGGGAAGGUGGACGCAUCGUUUGGCCCUGUCCGACCACGAAGCGGCUCAUCACGAGUACAGGCAAGUACACGCCACGUGAUCUGAUUGCGAUGCGAUGUCAGCGCGCCGGUACAAACACUCUGUGCGCUUUCCCGCGAUACAAGAGCAGCAACCCGAUUACGCUGAGCAAGGUGUACGCCACCAAGAAGGGCUGCGACGUCAAGUUCGAGCCGUUCCCGUGCUGGUCCGAGCAGGAGGAAGGCAACUGCAAUGCGCUCCAGUCCGUGACCGACCUGUACAGCGAUGGCGAUUACUUGUGGGUGUUGGACGUCGGAGUCACGCAGUCACUUCGAACGCCCGUCCAGCGCUGCCCACCGAAGGUCGUCGUGUACGACGUGAAGACGGGCAAGAAGUUAAAGACGAUCAAUCUGGCACGAUUCGUGACGGAAAAAUCGCGCUUGCAGUACCUUCAGGUCGAGUGUCUGAAGGGUGGCCGCUGCUACGUUUACGUGAGCGACGCGGGUAACAAUGCGAUCAUCGUGUACGAUGUGUACGGUGGCCGCGGAUACCGGGUGGUACUGCCGAAAGCGGUCCAUCUAGGUUGCCGUUACCGCGACGUGCUGUAUGUGUUCCUCUCCAAGCACAAGGAAGGCACAAGGCUUUACUUUACCUACCUUGGUGGAUCUCGGUUGUUCGCCAUCAAAACGGAACACUUGCGGAAGGGUCACGGCGGUAACAUUAUAGACAUUGGCGAGAAAACGAACGUACCCGUUUUCCUUGGCACCGACGGGGGUCACGGUGUGUUCUUCCGGGAGGAAGGUGACUCGGACAUCUACUACUGGGACACGAACACGUGUUGCAAAAAAUCCAACUUCAAGCUGGUCUACAAGAGCGUACUUGGAUUGUACGCUACCCACGCUUUUCCCGACCACAGACUGAACCGUAUGCUGGUGCUGGAAAACGACUUCCCUAGCUACGUCAAGGAUCAUGCCGGCUGUGGCACGUUGCAUCAGAUUUCGAUCUUGGACGGAAGUUGCAAGUGCGGUUCGGCAUCCCUGUAAUUACAGUAGGCUGGACGGUUUGAGCAUAGCGCAAUCUAGCAGCCUGGUGGUUUGGUGGUUUUUGGAUGUCGAUCGUUCCAAUAUAUUUAUGUAAACAUGUGAUAAGCAGUGGAGAGCUAGGAGGGAUAGUCUUAACAAUAAAGCCAUGACUGAUGAAAUUCAUUCGGGUCGAUUGUUGAACACAGUUGAUGUACGCAUAUUCGACUGAACCCUUCAAAAAAGUGAAGAUGAACAGAAGCGAAAUAGCAAAUAAACUUUUUCUAUCGAAUGAUUUUAAUCUUUUAAA